AUGUCCUCAAGACUACACCAACGCAGCGCGCGCGACGCGCUAUUCUCCAACUACGACGCCCAAACCCGCUCCAGGCCGGCUUCAGCCCAGGCAACUCCUUCGCCAGCAAGACCCUCGUCGCGGACGGCACCGUAUAGCACGAUACAUGGCAACAACAGCUCACCCUAUGCCUUCACAUCCCAGCCGAAUGACUCGUCUUCGCAUUUGAGCGCGCAGCCGCCGGUGGGUGGAGGCUUCAGCGCAUAUCCUGGCAGCAGCAAUGGCUUGGAUGGGCCAGGGAGGAUGAGCGGAGACGGCGGAUUUAGGAGCGCCACGCCGGACAAGAAGGGCAGAUAUGCGGACUCGGUGUACAAUGAGCUGGAGAGCCAGAACGACGAGCAGGUCGGGGUGAUGACGGAGAAGGUGAAGAUGUUGAAGAAUAUCACCAUGGCAAUAGGCGACGAAAUCCGAGACUCGACAGCCUUCGCCGAGAAGAUGAACGAUAGCUUCGAAGGCACGAGGAAUCGAUUACGAGGCACAAUGAACCGCAUGCUACGGAUGGCCGAGCGGACAGGUAUAGGCUGGCGGAUCUGGCUGGGCUUCUUUGCAUUCAUCUUCUUCCUGUUUGUAUAUGUCUGGCUGUUCUAG